CACACAUUCACCCACUGAACUCUGAGCACGCACUGAAGCGGGUAUCCUGACCAGAAAGUGACGCUGGCCGUGAAGCGUGGAGCAGCACACUGCAGGCCGAAUAAACAGGAGAAGACGGUCUCUUCAGCUAGAGGAGAAUCAAGAUGGAAACUGUCCAGGAACGCAAGCCAAAAAGACCCCACUAUAUUCCCCGACCACCAGGCAAGCCCUUCAAGUACCAGUGUUUCCAGUGCCCGUUCACCUGCAACGAAAAGUCCCAUCUCUUCAACCAUAUGAAAUACAACUUGUGCGAAAACUCCAUCUCCCUGGUGUCACAGAAAAGUGGGCAAACAGCCCGACAGAUGAAGGCUACAGCAAAGGGAGGACCUCUUAAAACUACAAAUGUCCAACCAGCAGUUCAGAACAAUAAUCCUGAGAAACAUGGAGCCGAAGAGAACAAAGCUGAGAGCAGAGAUGACACAGAAGAAGUAGAUGUUGGGUGUGACAGUCCAGUCAGCAAGGACAGUCAGAGAGUGACAAACCCAAAUACAGUUUGUGAGAGAGAGGGCACGGAAAGCAACGAGGGCAAGGAUCAGACACGCCCAUCUGCCUUCUCACCUGUCACACCCAACUGUGACGGAGCAGAAGCUUUCAAGACAUCUGUGAAGCAGCCUGAAGAUUUGCAAGCUCCUGUUCCCACUUUCAACCACCCGCGCUUCCCUUGGGGCACGGUUUCUUCAACCAUUCCUUUAAAACCAUUCGCCCCUCUGUUAGUUCCCGAAUAUUCUCCUUAUCUGGUGUCUGAUCGACACCUAUAUCCACCUUACUAUCUUCCAGGAAAUCACCAUGUGAAUGAGCCAAGCUCUCCUUCCUUCCAGACAGAUUUUCUGGAUCCUCAGAGGCCUAUGGUACAACAACCAAUUAACCCACCUCACACGUCCCCAUUUCCCCCUUUCCCAUACAAGUACUGCCAUCCUCUUCACCCAGGCCACCCUCUACCUUACACCCUGUACAGACCCCACGAGCUUUCCAUGCCAAUUACAGGACACAGAUAUAUUCCUUUGGAUUUGUAUAACCCAACCCUUGGCCCUAAAGACUAUAGCUUGUACAUCCAUUCACAUGCCAGUCUCAACCACCCACAUACUUCUACACAAGAGGGCCACCACGGGCAAAGUGGAGACAAGACAACAAGGCUGAGCCCCAAAGAGGGCUGUUCAGCUCUGGGAUCUCCUGACAGACCCAGUCAGGCUCACAUCAUCCAGAGGGACACAGAGGUCCCGCAGUACACCAACAUCGGUGAGACACAGAUCAGUCCCCAGCUAGGAAACACAGCGGUGCAACCCAUGAAAAAUGAAUUAAGACCUGAGGAGUGUGUAGAAAUGUCAGCUCAGCCCACAGACAGAGGAUCAGCUGAGAGCAGCAGAUACUGCUCCAUGUCUCUUUCUGAGCCACGUCCUGGACCUUCAUCAGAGCAUCAUGACAGCACAGAUGAUGUAGCUCCCCUCAACCUCUCAACAAGAAACCAAGACAAAGAAGAAAGUCAGCCUGACCAAAGCCUAUGGUGCUUAGACACAGAGAAGUCAAAGGAGCACGAGUCACCUCUGAACCUCAGCCUCAGAACUUCACAGACCAGCCCUGAACACAGGUCUCCACCGAGCACUUCAGGAGAUCUUCAGCAGAGCCCUAUUGAAAAGCUGGAUGAAGAGUCUUGUGACCAGAGGCAGACUGCUGCUCUGGCACUCUGUCAGUUAGCCAUUGCGAGCUCUGCAGCCUCUUCAUACGACUUCAGUACUAUAGACAAGCCCUCAACAGAUGCGAAAAAUCCUGUCUCUCAGGAGAAGAGCAAACAAACUACCAGGGCUAAGGCAACAGGCAUGAAAAGACCACCCAGCGGGCAGGCUAAAAACAAAUGUCAUAAACCAAAGAGAGUCAAAGCACCCGAGCGGGUUCUGAGGAGGAGACCUCGUUGCUGCUAACAACCAAACUUUGACUACCAAAUAAUAUUUGGUAAAGACUAUCUCUGAUCUUAACACUGAAAGCCUCAUUAGCAGACUUCUUAUUGUCUUGGUUUAACACAGUUUUAGCCAAUAGCUUAAAAAAGUUACAUGCAAAACAAUGUUUGUUUUCAAUCUCAGACAUGACUGGAAUUGGACACGUUUGUUGCCGACAACUGACAACUGUAAUGUAAUGUACUGUGUAUAAA